AAAUUGCAACCUUCCAAGAUGGCGGAUUUGUGAAAAUUGACAGAAAGUUACUGGAAAAUACUGACAAUUUACCGUUGGUUCAAGUUGUCAUUAAAUGAUGAUAUGUAGAUACAUACAAAACAAAUGAUGAUGGGUAGGAGAGGCUGGAUAGGUUUAGCUGUGGUAUUGUUUCUGGCAACAUUUGGUAUAUAUGGCAUCUCCUUUGUCUUUUACGUGAUACUUACAGUUGUAGGAGCUCUUGUGGUUGCCUACUACUUUGGAAUGGAAGAAUCUACAGAGAGGCUGAAGGAAUGGAAAAAUAUACCAUUGUAUUCCCCAGGCAUUCAAGUGGUGAAGGUAAAAAUGGAAGGUUCGUUUAAAAUCAAGAAAAUGGAUAAAAGAAUUACCGGCUCCAGUGUGAUUGAUGAAGCUUUACAAUCUGUGAUGGAAUAUGCAUCUAGAGAUUAUAUAAAAAACUGGUAUCGAGAGGUCAGUGAUGACGACCUUUUCUUACUGGAAAUACAGCAAUGUGUUCAAAAAGUGUUCAUCACAUUUUCACAACGAUCAAAAGAUGUUGAUUGGAUGCCAUAUUUUACACACAGAAUGGUUGAUGAUUUAGCAUCUCAUAUACGACUUUAUACCAGAGCUAUGGAAAAAGCAAAGGUGGCCAAUAAAGAUGAGAGAGGUCCAUUAUUGGAGCAGAAUUUUUUUGACCUUGAAAUCAAAAUGGAGGGAGAUAUAUGUAGGGACUUGGUGUCUUUGUCUCCGGAAGAUGAAAGACAAUAUUUACAAGACCUGAGUGAUGUACUUUUAUUUCUUCUCCUACCCACAGAGGAUUACAACAACAAACCUUUUAGAUAUAUAAUCAGAGAAGUGUUAGUGAAUGGUAUAUUUAUACCAACCAUAGAUCUCAUAUCAGAUCCUGAUUACAUCAAUACAUAUAUAGCUUGGAUGUGUAAAGAAGGAUCAUUGAUCAAUGAAAUGUUUAUGUUUGUGAUAAAGACUACAGAUUCUAUAGACGAGCUAGCCUCUGUUAUAGAACAAUUAGACUGUGAUAUUGCAAAAUGGCGCUCAAAGGAUACUGGAGGUAGUGAUGAUUCUUUGAUCAAACAGAACUUGAAAAGUUUACGAUAUGUGAAGUCAAUGUGCCAGGAGAAGAUCAAACGUCUUCAGCAAGGUAUAGAUGACACAGAGUUUGCCCCAGACGUUCCUGAUUACUGCCGAUCCAGAUCUCUUUUUGUUUUAUCCUUCGAUGACAUAAUCAACAAUAACAUAGCAUUAACUGUUUUCAUAGAAUUCUUGACCAGUGUUGGUGGUGAAAGUUUGAUAUAUUUCUAUUUGAAUGUAGAGAGUUUCCGAACUACUGCUGAACUACAGCUGAAGGUGAUCAACUGUAACAUGGAAAAUCCAAAUAUAUCAAAGUCUCACCAGGACCUGGAACCACUCAGAAAAGCAGCUAUACUCAUUUACAAUCAGUAUUUAUCAGAGAAAGCCCCAUCAAGGAUCAGAAUAGAGCAGGACAUACUGAAGAGAUGCCUGGGAAAUAUCAAAAGUAAAUACAUAUCAUCUGAAGCUUUUGAUGAAGUACAAGCAAGGGUGUACCAGUUACUACAUGAUAAGGAUUAUUAUGAAUCAUUUAUUGAGAGCCCAGUAUACCUGAAACUUCUUGAAGAUCUGGGAUUCUCCAGUGACAAAAAUGACAACUCCAAAAGUCUUAGUAUGGAGGAUGAUAUGUCCGUCAAGUCUGAAGAUAUUAAUGAUCUGACCGACUCGUCUGAUAAUACAUCGACAUCCUCUCUGUACAGCAGUAAUUCGCGAUCAAAUUCUCCAUACAAAACAAACAACGCAGAAUUCUCUAUAAAGGCUCAAAUUUCACAGACAGGUGUUGUUCGAGAAUCAGAGAAGGCAGGGAAGUCCUACGCAGUAUUUUCAAUCCGGGUGACAAAAAAGCUUGUAGAUGAUGAGGAGAUUUGGGACGUCUAUCGAAGAUUCAGCGACUUCCACGACCUACAGAUGAUCAUGUCAGAAAAGUUGCCACAUUUUCAUGGACCAAGUUUACCACCUAAAACAUUGCUAAAGAAUACUGGAAAAGAAUUUCUGGAGAAAAGAAGAAAAGCUCUGGAUAAUUACCUACAGACUUUGCUAUCCCCACAACUUUGGGAACAACAUCCACGUGUCAAGGAGUUUGUCUUGAAGUUUCUGGCACCAGGCAUGUGGGAACGACACAAAAGUGAUUUAGCAAGAAAGAUGGACACAAUAGUUAAUCCACUGAAAAGUGUUGGCCAUGCUGUGAUACAGAUGCCUGAAAAUAUCAAAAAUAUUUCACAAGAUGGGCUUUCAAGGUUAAGAGGGGACUCAUUCAAGGGAUCAGGAAGUUCAUUGAAUCAGGGAACCAAAGUUGGAGCUGGGCUGGACCUAGAGAUUGGUGAAAACAUUCCACUACGCAUCAUGCUUUUACUCAUGGAUGAAGUAUUUGAUUUGAGACAGAAGAAUCAGUGGCUGCGCCGACAGAUAGUUCGUGUUCUCAAACAACUCAUUAAAUCCAUUCUUGGUGACAGGAUGAACAAAAAAAUAGUUGAACAUGUUGACUGGAUGACCUCUGCAGAGCAGGUUGCUGAGUACAUCAAAGCCUUCAGGGAUUCAUUUUGGCCGGAGGGUGUAUUAUCAGAGCCCAGACCAGACAGGGAUCAUAAUUCAAAAAUGAGGACACGCGUUGUGUGUAGAGCAAAAAUGUUAGGCAGCAUUCCAGAUGAACUUCGACAUUUCCUUGGUUCUGAUACAGCACGUAUUGGAGUGACACGUGUGUUUGACAUGUUCCAGUACCGAAGUUUGAACCGGCGUCUUGUUUACGUUGUGCUAGAAGGCAUUAUAGAGACACUGUUCCCACAGAAUAAAUUUAAAGAGCUGUUUAGAAAACUUCAUUCUCAGUCUGAUAGACUGAAAGUAGCCAGUUUAAGGGAAGAAUCGGAAAAGCAAUCAUCGACAAAUCGGGGAUCAAAGACUUGAUGUUUAUUAUACUAUAGUUUAGACUUUUAUUUUCUGUUGUUGUGAUUUAGUUUUUAGGUAAAUAAUUAAUUUAAGAUGUUGUAAUUGUAUUUUAAAAUUAUGAUUUUACAUCAUCUAGUCAAUGUAGUUAAAAGCAUCGAGUACUGUAUAGGUGGUUAAUUUUGCCACACUGAAAUCGAUGCCCCAGAAGUAUAAGGUUGUAAGUGCUAUAUAAUGUCUACAGACUUACGACCUUAUAUUCCUAAGCAGUCUAAAAUAUUUUGCUAAGUUAUAAUCAUGCAAAGAUGAAGGCGAAAUAAGAUACUAUAUUGAAAUUUAUGGAGCAACUAAAUUUCCUGUUUAACUCUGCAGUUUGACGUACUCCUGGAGCAUUUGAUUCUAAGAGCAUUCAGAGAUGUACCUAGUCAUGUAGAAAAUAAUUUUAAUAAUAAUAAAAAGAAAUUUGCUCAGUCCUUCUUUACUUAUCAAAAGUUGUUAGUGCAAACAUUUAUCUUCUGUUAGACAUUUGUGACUAAAUUACUUAUACCAUAGAUGACAAAUGCAAUAUCCAUAUGUGAAGACGAGCAGAUUUUACAAAAGUUGCCAAUUAAGGGGUUGUCUUUCAUGUAUAGUGUGUCUGGUUAUUAUAAUUAUCUGUUCCUUCACAUACUUUUAGCUCGACUAUAAGAAGUAUAUGGAGAGCUGUCCUACUUGUUCUUGUCCAUUUCUUGUCCGCACCUUGAUUGAAGUUUUUAUGCACUUUCUAAACUCUGUUGUUACUUGAUGCAUUUGCUCCAAAUAUUAGAAUAGAUAUUCUUCAUCAUCACCCACAUCAUAUGGCAUAAGGGCCUAUAAGUCUGGCACCAAUAUUUAAUGAAUUAUGUCCCCUUUUUAUGCCCCCCAUCGGAGAAGGAGGGGUAUAUUGUUUUGCAGAUGUCGACCAGUCGGUCGGCCUGUAUGUAGACCAAUCCGUUUCCGGAUGAUAACUCAAGAAUGCUUGGGCCUAGGAUCAUGAAAGUUGGUAGGGAGGUUAAUCAUAACCAGCAGAUGACCCCUAUUGAUUUUGAGAUCAAUAGGUCAAAGGUCAAGGUCACAGUGACCCUGAACAGUUAAAUGGUUUCCAGAUGAUAACUCAAGAAUGCUUGGGCCUAGGAUCAUGAAAGUUGAUAGGGAGGUUGGACAUGACCAGCAGAUGACCCCUAUCAAUUUUGAAAUCAAUAGUUUGAAGGUCAAGGUCACAGUGACCUGGAACAGUUAAACGGUUUCUGGAUGAUAACUUGAGAAUGCUUGGGCAUAGGAUCACGAAACUUGAUAGGGAGGUUGAUAAUGAUCAGCAGAUGACCCUAUUGAUUUUGAGGUCAGAAGGUCAAAGGUCAAGGUCACAGUGACCCGGAACAGUUAAACGGUUUCCGAAUGAUAACUCAAGAACUCUUGGGCCUAGGAUCAUGAAAGUUGAUUGGGAGGUUGGUCAUGACUAGCAGAUGACCCCUAACGAUUUUGAGGUCAGUAGGCCAGAGGUCAAGAUCACAUUAGACCCGGAACAGUUAAACCAGUUCCAGACGAUAACAUGAGAACGCUUGGGCCUAGGAUCACAAAACUUAAUAGGGAGGUUGAUCAUGACCAGCAGAUGACCCUAUUGAUUUUGAGGUCAAUAGGUCAAAUGUCAAGGUCACAUUGACCCAGACUAGUAGAACUUUUGUGUACAGUGACCAAAUAAUUUCUGUUCCUUGUGCAGUUAAUGAAUGCAUCAAGGGGGGCAUGUUGUGUUCUACGAGCUCUUGUUACUGAGAAUUUCAAAUUAAAGUUUUGAUGCUCUUACACUCUAUCUCUGUUUAAUAUAUUGAAUGGAUUUGAUUCAGACUUAAGCUAUUUUUUCCUGAUCAUCACCCACAUGAUAUGACAGUAGGGCCAUGACACUGAUACCAAUAUUUCAUGAAUUAUGCCCCCUUUUUACUAAGAAAUUUUGGUUAAUUUGAUGCAUUUCGGGACACUGUUAGUUCUGAAUGGAUUUGAUUCAAACUUAUAAAGGUUGUUCCACACUAUCACCCACAUCAUAUGACACAUGGGCCAUAACUCUGGCACCAAUAUUUCAUGAAUCAUGCUUUUUUUUUUCUUUAAAUUUCAGGUUAAAGCUUUGAUUCACUUUCGCUCUAUUUCUGUUAUUACUGAAUAAAUUGGAUUCAAACUUGAAAUAAUUGUUCCUCAUCAUCAUCCACAUCAUAUGAUUCAAGGGCCAUAACUCUGGCUUCAAUAUUUCAUUAAUUAUGUCCCUUUUUUUCUUUGAUUUUUUUUUUUGGUUUAUUUUGAUGCUCUUUAUAUUAUAUCUUUGUAAUUUGUGAAUGGAUUUGAUUUAAAAUAGAAAAAAAAUUGUUCCACUUCAUCAGCUAUAUCAUAUGAUAUGAGGUCUUUGGCUCUGGCAUAAAUAUUUCAAUGAUUAUGGCCCCUCUUUAGUUGGAAUAUCAGAAUUAAGUUUUGAUGCACUUUCACUCUGUUUCUGUUACUACUUAAUUGAUUUUACUUUAAGUUAAAAUACUGGUUUCACAUAAUUACACACAUCAUACAACAUAAGGUCCAUAUCCCUGGUCUCUAUUUUUCAUGAAUUACAGAAUUUUUGUUUAGUUUUAAUGCAUUUUCACAAUAUCUCUGUCAUUACAGAAGGGAUUUUAUUCGAACUUAAGGUAUUGGACCCCUAAUAGUAAUGUUUAAAAAAUGGCAUUUGCUUGGUAUAUUCUUAAAGUUGACCAUGUUUCACACUGUGUUGCAAAUUUUAAACAACUUUUACCGUGCAGUUUUUUGUAAAUUUUGUAUAAUUUAUGGUAUUUCCUCAAGCUCAAGUAGAGACAAAUUUCAAUGUGAUGGCCACUAUCUAAAACGUUUGCAGAGAAUUCAUUACAGCAUUAAUUUUGAUAAAAGAAACAUCAGACUAUUCUUAAACAAUUAUAAAACACAAAAUAAAACUGUAAAUAUCAAUUUUUCUAGGGUGCCUCAAGUAAACAGAUUUAAUGAGACAGAAUUCUAACCCCAACAUUGAAAAAUUAAGGUCGAAUCCUGUGGGUCUUUUUGAAUUUUGCUCACUUCAUUCAAAAAUAACCUUGGGGCAGAAGUAAAGCCUACCUGUAUUUCUUCCACAAUAUGUAAUCUAAAGAAUGAAGGCAAAAUAGAGAACUUUUACUGCAUGUAACUCAGUAUUUUUAAAGAUGUCUAACUCUACCCCUCCUGAUUCAGAGGUAAAUUCACUUUGAACAACAAGAAAUCGCUUAUAAAAUGAAAAUUUUCCUCUUUUGUACAAUACAUCCAUAAUAAGUCUUGAAAGAAGUAAAAACUUACUAGAAAAAAAGGAAAAUAUGGAAAAACAAAUUUUUGGUCUCAGUGGGGCUUGAACCUACGCCCCCCUGAAAAUUGCAGUCAAAGUAGGUUUAUGGAAGGAAUUGAAUACUCUUCAAAAAGGAGGUACUCUAUUACGGGUCCAAUACCUUAAAGUAUUUAUUCCAUAUUAUUAGUCACUAAUUAUUACACAUGGUGCAUUACUUUUGCAGAAAUAUUCUAAACUAAAUUCUGAUAUAAACACUCCAGUGAUAGCUCCAGCACAAUUAGAUAUCUCUGUGCAUUUCUUGACGAAACCUUGAACUUUAAAGAUCAUGUAAAUCACAAAUGGUGUAGCUUACUGUGAGGUGCGUAAGAUGCAACGUAUUCAAAACAUGUACGCAAAACUUGUCCUUAACAGGAAGAAAUUUGACAGUUCUAAACAAGCAUUGUAUCACUUACAUUGGUUGCCGGUGAAAGCAAGAAUUGAGUUCAAGAUACUUUCUUUCAUGUAUAGCUGUCACACUGGCAGAGCACCUCUGUAUUUAACAGAAUUGCUCACAGAGUAUAUUCCUAGUAGACAAGGUUUGAGGUCGUCAGAAAAUUCUGAAUGUCCUUGUGUUGUUUUAUGUUGUUCCAUACAACAAGUGCAAAACAUUCAAUGAAAGAAGUUUCGCUACUAUUGGUCCAAAACUUUGGAAUGAACUGCCGUUAGAACUACGCAAAAGUAAAUCACUUGACACAUUAAAAAAAAAUCUUAAGACACAGUAUUUCAGAGAUUUCGCGGCAUUGUUUUAAAUUCUUGAUAACUGUUUAUUAUGUGAAAACAGCAGGUGAUAGUUCUUAAGUUUAUAUUUUCAAGGUUUGUUUAAUUAAACGCACUUGUUGGUAAGGCUCUAUGGGUAGGGUAGUAUGUAGUAUUUCUUUCUUAAAUAGUAUAUGAUGGCACCAUUAACCGGGGGGUUUGAACCUCUAUAUGCAGCUCGUCUGGGCGUACCAUGUGAUGCUUUAAGCACUGGUAUUCGCAAUAGAGGUAAAAUGACCUCAAGGGGAGGGGUGCGGUCAUGACUGUUUGUUACAAUAAGGCUGCUAUUAUUACUAUUGUCAUUAUUAAUAUUGUUAUAAUGAUAAUUAUUAUUAUUAUGUACAACGCCAUUGAAUAUAUUAUUGUAUAAAAAUAGGCGUUUAAUCAAAUUAUUCAGUUUUAUGAGUUAUGUCCCUUUUAUAAUAAGUUAAUAUAUCCUGUUAUUUCUUAAUACAUUUGACAUGGACUUAAACUAUUUUUCAAGAUCACCUGCUAUAUUGAAGUCAUUAAACACUCCAGUGAUAGCUCCAGCUUCCUUUAAUAUGCACUCUUUCAAUAUUCAGCAUCGAAAUAGUCGAGCCAUGUUUUCAUUGCCAGCUCUUGUCAAUAAAAAAAAUAAAUAAAAAAGACUGACAGAUUUUCACUACAGGGAAUAAUUUUGGUCUGGUACCAGUUUUCAAAAUAAAUGUUGGACCAGCUGUAUAGUUUUUGGAUUUAGGUUGCUUUCAUGAAACACAGCAACCCUGACUUUUCAGUGUCAGCUUAAAUGUUGGAAGCAAACAAGGUUUGAAAUGUUGAGUGAAAUCUAAAGAAUUUCAUCAGCUUUUUUGACAAAUAUCAGAUUAUCUGCAGAGCAGGGUCACUUAAUAAUUGCAAUAUUUCUGGAUGGCAUUAUAAAUGUUCUAUGAAACUCUGUGUGUAGUGUUUGGGUUUUUUGUUUGUUUCUUUAUAGAGAACUUUCAAAUAAAAGAACACAGUUUGUUGAAAAAAAGUUAGGCCACUAUUGAUGUUAUACUUCAUACAUAUUUUUGUCUUUUUUUCUUCUUUUUGGUUGAAGUCAGUAUUUCUUUAAGUCAAAGUUCUUUACUUAAUGCUCAAGUUUUGAAUAUUUGUUGAUAUAGAAUGCAGUGUUUUACUGUCACAACUGUUUUUUGUUUGUUUAAAUUUGUAUAAUGUGUCACAAAUUUGUUAACUUUUGCAACAUUCCAAUGUUUUCCAUUACCAAGAGGUUAUGACUAUUUAACAUUUGAUCCAAAUAUUAAUUAACCAAUUAAACGAGUUAACAAACAUAUAUUAUAAUUUAUACUAUUGUUUUAUGAGAUAGAUAUUUUAUGAUCAUCUUUACAGUAUUAUUACAAUAUACAUUAAUCAUUGUCAGUGACAGAUUUUUAGAUUUUAAAAAUUAUGCAAACUUGGCCUGAUGUGUUUGUGGAAAAUCAAGUGCUGCAUACUCAGCAAAACAAGUGUCUACUCAUUAUCUGUGGAGAAGCUAUAAUGGAAUUAGAUAUUUUCAGGUUACCUUGCAGUGACUGUAGAUCAGCAUAUUUUUAUGAGCAUGUUGAUGUAAUCAAGGCCUUCUUGUGGUUUAUCCUCAGACAUUCCUUAGUUUAUCAAUUAGAUCUUUGGAUAUUAAAUCACUCUUUUUAACAUCUUAAUGGUUAAUUUGCAACACUUCUGAACCCUUAACCAUGGGAUAUUAAACAAUAAUGCAUGCAAAGGCUUUUGUUAUUUAAUAAUUGACAAAACAUGUGAUUUUGGGAGUUCAUAACUAGUCAAGUUUACCUCAUGACUAAAGACCAUUAAUGUAUUCAUAUACUGAGCUUUACUGGCACCUUACCAGACUCUCAAUACUUUCAGAACUUUGAUUUCUGUUUCUAGGGCAGACCAGAGUCAUUAAAGAAUUUAUUUAAUAUUUAUGAGAUUUUUCUCUUGGAUUUGAAUAAAAUAUGUUUAUACCCACAGGAACAAAGUAUAUAAGGGCUAUAUUGAAGUUUAUGCAUGUCCAUUCAUUGUUUUGUCCAUCCAUCUGUACGUACGUCCAUAUUUGUGUCUGCUUCAUAUCUUCCUAACCACAUGGAAUUUUUUAUAAAACUUGCAUCAGUUAAUAACCUCAUCAAGACAACGUGCCGAGAACACAAUCCAGGUCACUAGAUCCAAGGUCAAGGUCUUACUUGGGAGUUCAGUUGUUCAGUAGCUUCAUUUUUUGUCUGCUCUAUAUCUUCUAAACCACUUUGAAGAUUUUACUAAAACUAGCAAAUAUUUACAUCAUCAAAAUGGUGUGCUUGGCAUGCAUCCAAGGUCACUACAUCAUAAUCAAAUAGCUUAAAUUUUUGUUCACUAUAUCUGAACUACUGGAAGGAUUUUUUUUAUGAAACUAGCAUCAGUUGUUAUCUUUAUCAAGUCCAUAUGCAGAGUGCACGACCUAGAUCACUAGCUCCAAGGUCAAUGUCAGAUUGAUAGGUCAAAGAUCACGAUCACAAGAUUUUGCUUUCUCAGUAACAAAUUGGCAUCUAGUUUUAUUAAUCACCUUAAAUGAUAGCUCUAGUUAUUUUUGUGUUAUAUUUGUUCCUGGCUUAGGAAGUAUGCAAGGUUUAGACUAUGUAUAGUACAUGGAUAAAGGCCAACUAUGGUGCCAAAUGUGGAUGUGAAUGAAAACUAUGGUUAUACAGCUGGUCAUGCAACAAGGUUGUGUUUCAAAAAGAUUGUAAAAUAAGAAUAAACUUUCACAGUUAGUGUGUAUCAUGUUCAAGGUGAUUUUGGUUGGUGAAUCUUAAAGUUGGAAUAAUAACUUAUUUUUUUUUAUGUUAUACACUAAACAACUUUUUGAUUUGCACAUAGAGUUUUUAUUACCUGUCACUUGAUUUCAGUAAGGCUUUGAUUUAUUUCAUACUUUGAUUAUUAGAUCAUUACAGUGUAUUAAUAUUUCAUAAAGGAUACAGUUUAAAGUAAAAUAAUCGUAUCCCGGAACUGGUAAUAAAAGUCACAUAAUUUGUAUCUGUUUGACCUCCUGUAGUAAGUAGUUACUGUCUUAAACAGCCAGUCAGUUAACUUCCCUGUUAACAUUUUGUUCUUAUUUUCACCUGCCUUAAGCAGCGUUAUCAUGUUUCUCUCUUGGCUGGCUGCUUUAUACAGUCUUGACUGUUUAAUGGGUGAUUUCAAGGCUUCUUAUCAGAUAUUAAUAAUUAUUCAAUGAAAAAUCAAUAAAAUCUCACUCACUUAUAUUUCAUUGUAUAUUUACCAUAUAUUGUAACAAACAUCCAUUCCCAGCAAGAAAACUGUGAUGUUUUAUUUUGUCCUGUGUAUAAGUGUAUUAUCUGCAGAGUCCAGUGGUAACAGGAAACCAGGGGUCAUGUCUUUGAGACUCCACUGCUCAAAGUAAAAUUACUUACACUGGCUUACAUAAGGUCUGUGGUUCUGCCCAGGUGCCAACCUGUGAUGAAAUAAUACCCGGAAAAAGUUGCCUUGUGACCUAAAUUGUGUCAGUGUGACUCUGAACCCAUCAAAAACAAACAAAAUUCAUUUAAUUUUCAGUAACUGUACUUUUCUGGACCAGCAACAUCUUUACAAUAACAAUUAUCAGUCUGUCUUUUCACCGAAGACAGUUAAAACUUGUUUGAGAAAUUAUUAAAAGUCAAAAUACAGAUUUGAAAAUCUUUUAAAGUAGUUGUAUAUUUUUACCUAAAUUGUUUUGCAAACUGUAUAUGUAUUAAAACAAAUGUAAAUGUUCCAUAUAUUUCCAAAAUAUGAGUAAUUUUCACUUUAUAUAGUCAAAAUUCCAAAUAUAGCCCAACCAUCCUCCAGAAGCCUUAGUUCCAAAUAUCACUAAAUCAAGACAAUAACAAUUAUACAAUUCAUGUAUAAUGGCUAUUUUUUUUUAAUAUCAAUCAAUGUUAAGAGAUAUCUUAAAAUGUAAUUACAUGAAAACAAAUUAAAAUUGUUCUUUUCUGAUGUACUAAAAACUCAAGUCCUUUAUUGUUUGUGAUGCUCAUGUUUUUAAACUUAAAUUUGUCAUCAGAAUGAAAUAAUCAUCCAGUAGAAAUACUAUUACAAACAAAAGUUUUCAAUAGCUUCUAAUAAAAAUCUUACAGGGAAACAUGUAUACAAGACAUAUCAGUACAAUAAUCUCAUAUUUCAACCAAUCAGAUUUCAGAUAUGCCAAUGCCAGAUUUUUCAUUCCAGGACAUAUCACAUGUUCAUUUGUAAAGAAUUUUAUAAUUUUUUUGCUACAAACCUAUCAAAAUUAGGUUUAAAGAUAAAAAAAAAGAAAAAAGGUAUGGCCCUACUGGGAUUUGAACCCAAGCCAUGAAAACUUGUAAAAUUACUAGUCCAUCUGCUUUACCACUGGACCACAGAAUCUUUAAUUAAGUCAUUUAAUUAAGGUCCAUCCGCCCUUUCAGACACAAUGAAGCAUAUAAAUGCCCCUGUAGAGUAUAGAUCCAGGAUGGACUGCAUGUAGAGAGGUUCCACUUAACUAAGGGACAUUAACAAAGCUUGAUAAGUCAGACAUACCUUGUGCACAACUGAUCUGUCCUUGUCUAGAUACUAAGUAAUAUAUAUAUUAUCUCCCUUUUAUCCAGCCUUUCAUCCCAAGUCAUAUCUAAGACAUGGUUUGUAUUUAGAUUAAACUUGGUGAAAAUGUUAAUUUCUGUUAUGGAGAUGUGCCCUGUAAGGUCUGAAUCAGAUUGCCAGAAGAACACAGAAGUUAUGUCCCUUAGUAUAGUACCUUUAUAGUGUGAACUAUAUAUAGUAUUAACUGGCAAAAGGUCUAUUUCUACUUGAUAUUUCAUGAGGGGAACCAGAUGUUGUAACCAAUAUGUUACAUACAUAGCUUUCUUGUAGAAAGAGAUAUGCAUUGUGGUCACUGGCCACUGUUACAAAAAUAGAAAAAACGGUUUUCCCCCAAUGGCUUCAGUAAGGAAUGAAACAUUGGCAAAUCUUGGGACAUAGACAUACAUAGCUUGCAUGGAGACCAAGGUUUAUAAGCAGUUUGGUUUGUUCUUUCAAGGUCAUUGUUACUAUAAAUAGAAAUUACUUUCGUUUCAUUUGUUUUUGAGUUUAACAAUGUUUUUCAACAGUAUUUCAGUUAUAUAAAGGUUAGUAUUUUUGUUUCAAUAAUUUCAGUUAGAAAUGAGAUACUUUUGCAAAAAAUAGGUAAACCCAUUGGUGAGGGGUGCCAGUUCAUUGAAUUCACAUGUUUGUAACAGUUCUGUAUAAAUUCUGCUUGUUAUUUUAUUGUAAUUUUGUUUAAAGUUAUUUAUGUUAUUGUUUUAUAAUUAUAAUGUCAGCUGGCUCUGUCUUAUUGUUUACUUCAAACUUGAGAAUGUUGAAAUACAGUAUAUAAUCACAUUUUACAGCUAUAAAUCAACUUGACUUUGUAAAACUUGUUUUAAAAUUUAGUACUUUGUUGACUUGUGUAAAAAAUGAUGUGUUGUUUUUUUUUUUGUGAGGAUAUAGGACUGAAAAGUCGAUUGUAUGUAAAAGACACAAAAUAUUUAUUAUUUAUUGUGAAUGAUGUUCAUACAGUAACAAAGGAGGUCAAAACAAAAUACAAAGGGACAUAAUCUAGAAAAUUUUGUAAGUAUUGUGUUAAUGUAUAAAAAAUUUCAAUUCUCCAUUAAUAUCCAUUCUAAUUAUUUCAAUUCCAUAUUUGUACAAAAAAGGCACUUUUUGUUUUCCAGGCAAGACGACGUAAAUUAAUUUUUGUCUCUCAACCAUAUUUCUUUAAAAAAUUAUUUUUUGUUUUUAGCUCACCUGUAACAAAGUGACAAGGUGAGCUUUUGUGAUCGCGCGGUGUCCGUCGUCUGUGCGUCCGUGCGUCCGUCCGUCCGUCCGUAAACUUUUGCUUGUGACCACUCUAGAGGUCACAUUUUUCAUGGGAUCUUUAUGAAAGUUGGUCAGAAUGUUCAUCUUGAUGAUAUCUAGGUCAAGUUCGAAACUGGGUCACGUGCCAUCAAAAACUAGGUCAGUAGGUCUAAAAAUAGAAGAACCUUGUGACCUCUCUAGAGGCCAUAUAUUUCACAAGAUCUUCAUGAAAAUUGGUCGGAAUGUUCACCUUGAUGAUAUCUAGGUCAAGUUCGAAACUGGGUCACAUGCCAUCAAAAACUAGGUCAGUAGGUCUAAAAAUAGAAAAACCUUGUGACCUCUCUAGAGGCCAUAUAUUUCAUAAGAUCUUCAUGAAAGUUGGUCAGAACGUUCACCUUGAUGAUAUCUAGGUCAAGUUCGAAAGUGGAUCACGUGCCAUCAAAAACUAGGUCAGUAGGUCAAAUAAUAGAAAAACCUUGUGACCUCUCUAAAGGCCAUAUUUUUCAUGGGAUCUGUAUGAAAGUUGGUCUGAAUGUUCAUCUUGAUGAUAUCUAGGUCAAGUUCGAAACUGGGUCACGUGCGGUCAAAAACUAGGUCAGUAGGUCUAAAAAUAGGAAAACCUUGUGACCUCUGUAGAGGCCAUAUAUUUCAUGAGAUCUUCAUGAAAAUUGGUCAGAAUGUUCACCUUGAUGAUAUCUAGGUCAAGUUCGAAAGUGGGUCACGUGCCAUCAAAAACUAGGUCAGUAGGUCAAAUAAUAGAAAAACCUUGUGACCUCUCUAGAGGCCAUAUUUUUCAUGGGAUCUGUAUGAAAGUUGGUCUGAAUGUUCAUCUUGAUGAUAUCUAGGUCAAGUUAGAAAGUGGGUCACAUGCCUUCAAAAAGUAGGUCAGUAGGUCAAAUAAUGAAAAAACAUUGUGACCUCUCUAGAGGCCAUAUUUUUCAUGGGAUCUGUAUGAAAGUUGGUCUGAAUGUUUUUCUUGAUGAUGUAUGGGUCAAGUUUGAAACUGGGUCAACUGCGAUCAAAAACUAGGUCAGUAGGUCUUAAAAUAGAAAAACCUUGUGACCUCUCUAGAGGGCAUACCCUUGAAUGGAUCUUCAUGAAAAUUGGUCAGAAUGUUCACCUUGAUGAUAUCUAGGUCAAGUUUGAAACUGGGUCAUGUGCCUUAAAAAACUAGGUCAGUAGGUCAGAUAAUAAAAAAACCUUGUGACCUCUCUAGAGGCCAUACUUUUCAUGGGAUCUGUAUGAAAGUUGGUCUGAAUGUUCAUCUUGAUGAUGUCUAGGUCAAGUUUGAAACUGGGUCAGCUGCGGUCAAAAACUAGGUCAGUAGGUCUAAAAUAAUUAAAAUCUUUUGACCUCUCUAGAGGCCAUAUUUUUCAAUGGAUCUUCAUGAAAAUUGAUCUGAAUGUUCACCUUGAUGAUAUCUAGGUCAGUUUCGAAACUGGGUCACGUGCGGUCAAAAACUAGGUCAGUAGGUAUAAAAGUAGAAAAACCUUGUGACCUCUCUAGAGGCCAUAUUUUUCAUGAGAUCUUCAUGAAAAUUAGUGAGAAUGUUCACCUUGAUGAUAUCUAGGUAAAGUUCAAAACAGGGUCACGUACCUUUGAAAACUAGGUCCAUAGGUCAAAUAAUAGAAAAACCUGGUGACCUCUCUAGAGACCAUAUUUUUCAAUGGAUCUUCAUGAAAAUUGGCCAGAAUUUUUAUCUUGAUAAUAUCUAGGUCAGGUUCAAAACUGGGUCACAUGAGCUAAAAACUAGGUCACUAUGUCAAAUAAUAGAAAAAACGACGUCAUACUCAAAACUGGGUCAUGUGGGAAGAGGUGAGCGAUUCAGGACCAUCAUGGUCCUCUUGUUGAAACUCAACAAAAGUCUGCAUGACCAAACAAGAGGGUGACCCUGAAUCACUCAUCUGAGUAAUAUGAGCCACAUGUUUCAAAUGGCAAACUGAUGCUAAGAUAUUAAGGAGGUAAGUCAGUAGGUCACAUUCAUGGUCACUGAAAGUCAGUUUUUAGCUCAUCUGAUUUUUUGAAAAAAAAUGAUGAGUUAUUGUCAUCACUUGAUCGGCGCUGGUGUUGGCAUUGCCUGGUUAAGUUUUAUGUUUAGGUAAGCUUUUCUCCUAAACUAUCAAAGGUAUUGCUUUGAAACUUGCAACACUUGUUCACCAUCAAUAGCUGACCCUGUACAGCAAGAAACAUAACUCCAUCCUGCUUUUUGCAAGAUUUAUGGCCCCUUUUGGACUUAGAAAAUAUCAGAUUUCUUGGUUAAGUUUUAUGUUUAGGUAAACUUUUCUCCUAAACACUAUCAAAGCUAUUGCUUUGAAACUUGCAGCACUUGUUCACCAUCAUAAGCUGACCCUGUACAGCAAGAAACAUAACUCCAUCCUGCUUUUUGCAAGAAUUAUGGCCCCUUUUGGACUUAGAAAAUCAGAUUUCUUUGUUAAGUUUUGUGUUUAGGUCAGCUUUUCUUCUAAAGUAUCAAAGCUAUUGCUUUUAAAACUUGCAACACUUGUUCACCAUCAUAAGCUGACCCUGUACAGCAAGAAACAUAACUCCAUCCUGCUUUUUGCAAGAAUUAUGGCCCCUUUUGGACUUAGAAAAUCAGAUUUCUUGGUUAAGUUCUGUGUUUAGGUCAGCUUUUCUUCUAAAGUAUCAAAGCUAUUGCCUUAAAACUUGCAACUCUUGUUCACCAUCAUAAGCUGACCCUGUACAGCAAGAAACAUAACUCCAUCUUGCUUUUUGCAAGAAUUAUGGCCCCUUUUGGACUUAGAAAAUAUCAGAUUUCUUGGUUAAGUUUUGUGUUUAGGUCAGCUUUUCUCCUUAACUAUCAAAGCUAUUGCUUUUAAACUUGCAACACUUGUUCACCAUCAUAAGCUGACCCUGUACAGCAAGAAACAAUACCCCAUCCUGCUUUUUGCAAGAAUUAUGGCCCCUUUUGGACUUAGAAAAUCAGAUUUGUUUGUUAAGUUUUGUGUUUAGGUCAGCUUUUCUUCUAAGUAUCAAAGCUAUUGCUUUAAAACUUGCAACACUUGUUCACCAUCAUAAGCUGACCCUGUACAGCAAGAAACAUAACUCCAUCUUGCUUUUUGCAAGAAUUAUGGCCCCUUUUGGACUUAGAAAAUAUCAGAUUUCUUGGUUAAGUUUUGUGUUUAGGUCAGCUUUUCUUCUAAAGUAUCAAAGCUAUUGCUUUAAAACUUGCAACACUUGUUCACCAUCAUAAGCUGACCCUGUACAGCAAGAAACAUAACUCCAUCUUGCUUUUUGCAAGAAUUAUGGCCCCUUUUGGACUUAAAAAUAUCAGAUUUCUUGGUUAAGUUUUGUGUUUAGGUCAGCUUUUCUCCUUAACUAUCAAAGCUAUUGCUUUUAAACUUGCAACACUUGUUCACCAUCAUAAGCUGACCCUGUACAGCAAGAAACAUAACUCCAUCUUGCUUUUUGCAAGAAUUAUGGCCCCUUUUGGACUUAGAAAAUAUCAGAUUUCUUGGUUAAGUUUUGUGUUUAGGUCAGCUUUUCUCCUUAACUAUCAAAGCUAUUGCUUUUAAACUUGCAACAGUUGUUCACCAUCAUAAGCUGAUUAUGUACAGGAAGAAACAUAACUCCAUCCUGCUUUUUGCAAGAAUUAUGGCCCUUUUUGGACUUAGAAAAUCAUGGGUAGGACAAUAUUUUUAUUAUACAGAGACAAAAAAAUCAGAUGAGCGAAUGCACCCACAAGAUGGUGCUCUUGUUAAGAUCUGUUAGCAAAACUGUACAUGUCAUCCAAAUUUCAAGGCUGUAUCUUGAAAAACAAGAAAGUAGGUCAGUAGGUCAAGGUCACAGUAAGGUGAACCGUAAUCACUUGGGUACAUCAGGUAAAUAUAAUUAAACUGGAAAUAUGAUCAGAUAAUUUUUUAAAUAUUUUUCCUAUAUAACUCGUAUAACAAGUGACCCACAGGGUGGGACCUCUUUUCACCCCAGGGGCAUAAUUUGAAUAAUCUUGUUAGAGGUCCACUAGGCAAUGCUACAUACCAAAUAUCAAAGGCCUAGGCCUUGAACUUUCAGAAAAGAAGAUUAUUAUUUUUUUCCCUAUAUAAGUUUAUGUUAAACUUGGGACCCCCAGGGCAGGGCCUCUUUUCACCACAGGGUAAUAAUUGAAACAAUUUUGGUAGAGGACCACAAGGCAAUGCAACACACCAAAUAUCAAAAGCCUAGGCAUUGCAGUUUCAGACAAGAAGAUUUUUUGAAGUUUUUUCCAAUAUAAGUCUAUGUAAAACUUGAGACCCCCCAGGGCAGGGCCUCUUUUUCACCCCAGGGCAAUAAUUUGAACAAUUUUGAUAGAGGAUCACAAGGCAAUGCUACAUACCAAAUAUCAAAGGCCUAGGUCUUAUGGUUUUAGACAAGAAGGUUUUUAAAGUUUUUUUCCUAUGUAAGUCUAUGUAUAACAUGGUACCCCUGGGGCAGGGCCUCUUUUCAUCCCAGGGGCACAAUUUGAACAAUUUUGAUAGAAGACCAUUAGAUGACGUCACAUGCCAAAUAUCAAGGCUCUAUGCCAUGCAGUUUUGGAGAAAAAGAUUUUCUAAGUUUUUCCUUUUGGUUGCCAUUGCAACCAGAGUUCUGCAUGGAAUUAAAUUCUUUGGGCAAUUUUGAAAGGGGGCCACCCAAGGAUCAUUCCUGUGAAGUUUGGUGUAAAUCUGCCCAGUGGUUUUGAAGAAGACGACUUUCUUGCUAAUUGUUGACACACGAUGGAUGAUGGACAUCGAGCGGUCACAAAAGCUCACCUUGAGCCUUUGGCUCAGUUGAGCUGAAAAGGUGAAGCUCAUUUAUCCGCACAUUCUAUUACCAUUAUUUCUUAAUGAAUUUCACUGUUUGGAUGACAUUUCAGUAUAUAAUGUCAUUUGAAAUAAAAAAAAUUAAUGUUAAAAAUGGUUUCUAAUUAGAAAAGGAUGAUUGUCUGUGGCACAGUGGGCCUUCCGGCUAUGGCUUUUUAUCAAUAAUUGGAGAAAGUUUGGGCCACUCUAAGCUUUGAAACUGCAUGAAAUGACAAUAUGUGGUUUUACUCUUUUUUGAAAACCGGUCAGUUAAGGUAGUUCUGCACGUUUUGAUCGAAAUUGUUUCUACAAUGUAGAAUUUGAUUAAACUCCGAUUUUUCAAAACUUCAGAAUAUACACAGAAAAUUCAGCAAAUAAAAAAAGAUAGGGUCAUGUGUUUGAUAUUCUGCUAGACUGAUUUGAAAAAUAGGGACCUCACGCAAUACUUCAUAACGGGAGUCUAUGGGAAAAUGAUAACAUUCAUAACAUUUUCGUAUAUAGAAAUUUUUCUACAAUGUAGAUUUUGAUGAAAGUUUCACAAUUGUUAAUAAAGACUUGGCCUAUGAUUUGAUGUAUUAAAAUGUAUAAGUCCGUGUACUUAUUUUUGAGAUAUCUGACCAUGAUUAAAGUAAACCGGACAUUUCACGCUAAUUUUAAGACAUUAUUUUGAAUUAUUUAACGUGUGAUAUGUUUUAAUAUCAUAUUUCGACUUUAGAAAUACAGCAACAAAGCCACUGUAAUAAAUUUACUCACUGGUUGCGAUUAACCAAUAAAAUGAUUUUCAUUUCCAUACGCCGAAUCCAGUCUUUAUUCUACGUUUUCCUGAAAAAUAACGUUACGCCAUCACUUCUGGUUUAUCAAACUUGCAGAACUACCUUUACUCCAACAGGUCAUGAAGUAUAUCAUCCAUGCUGUGCCAUACUGUUGUAUCUGCUAAAUUAUUUGUAUACAUUUAUAAUAGCUUUGCACUGGGAAUGAUAAGUAUUUUACAAACAGCUCUUUUGGUAAAGGUUUUCCUUAUGUUGCCUUUUUGUAAAAAAAACAACAGCAACAAGACAACUUCUUUUUCCACCCAGAUACUAGCACAUUCAUCAUUUACCCCCCAAAAGAAAAAGCAUUAAUUGUUAUAUGGAUACUAGGGACCUCUUAUUUUGUUUUGGCCUAAAAUUACUGUUUUUACUUUUUGAUUUGUUUAUUUCAAACCACAUGUACUCAUGUUAUGGAAAUAAAUUAUAUUACUUUGA